AUGCAGGUGACCGAGGAGGACGUGGUGGACCUGUCGGAUUCUGCAUCCUGGAAACAGAUUCAGCAGGACACUUUCACCCGCUGGUGCAAUGAGCACCUCUGCUGUGUGAACAAGUGCAUCAGCAACCUGCAAUACGACCUGAAUGAUGGGCUGCUGCUCAUCGCCCUGCUAGAGGUUCUCAGCCAGAAGCAGAUGUACCGCAAGUACCACCGAAGACCCACAUUCCCACAGAUGCAGUUGGAGAAUGUAUCAGUGGCACUCGAGUUCCUGGACAAGGAGAACAUCAAACUGGUCACCAUUGACAGUAAAGCUAUUGUUGAUGGUAACUUGAAACUAAUCCUAGGACUAGUAUGGACUCUUAUCCUCCAUUAUUCAGUCUCUAUGCCUAUGAGGGGAGAUGACAAUGCCAAGAAACAGACUCCAAAACAGAGAUUACUAGGCUGGAUUCAGAACAAAAUCCCCUGCUUUCCAAUAACUAACUUCAAGCAAAACUGGCAAGAUGGCAAAGCAUUGGGUGCUCUUGUUGAUGGCUGUGCUCCAGGUCUCUGCCCAGAUUGGGAAGCCUGGGACCCGAAGAAAUGUAUUGAUAAUGCUCGUAAAGCUAUGCAACAAGCAGAUGACUGGCUGGGUGUGCCUCAGGUCAUCACUCCUGAAGAAAUUAUUCACCCUUAUGCGGAUGAAUACUCUGUAAUGACAUACCUGUCACUGUUCCUUAAAGCAAAAUUGAGAACCGGUGCGCCUCUGAAGCUUUCCAAAGAAUAA